CUGCGGGCGGCGGGGCGGGGCCGCGGGCGGGGCGGGGGCUGCGCGCCGCGGGGAGGGCCGGCGGCGGCGGCGGGCGGGGACAGCGCUCCGCGCCACUUACUGCUGAAAUGUGAUGGACCGGGCGGGGGGCGGCUCAGACGCGCACCGAGCCUCGCCGCGGCCGAAGGCAGGAGGCUCCGGGGCGGGCGGCGGAGGUCUAUGCCGGCGCCCCGGGACUUCCGCGGCGAGACGCGCCCCGAGCCGCCCCGCGGCCCCCGCACCAUGCCGGCCGCUGCCGCGACCGCCUCGCUGCGCGCCGCCGCCCCCUCGCUCUGGAUCUAAUGUCUCCGUGAGGGGCCGCGAUCGCUGCCUCGGCGCCGGCCCGGAGGAGCGGCCCGCCGCCGCCGGAAUUUCUUCCUUUGGAAGUCCUGAAGAGAGGCAGCAGCUCCUCCACCAGCCUGCCCCCACCCUGGGAAGAUGGGAAGCAAGGCACUGCCAGCUCCGAUCCCGCUGCACCCGUCCCUGCAACUCACCAACUACUCCUUUCUCCAGGCUGUGAAUACCUUCCCCGCGGCUGUGGACCAGUUGCAAGGUCUGUAUGGACUCAGCGCCGUGCAAACCAUGCACAUGAAUCACUGGACACUGGGCUACCCCAAUGUGCACGAAAUCACCCGCUCCACCAUCACGGAGAUGGCAGCCGCCCAGGGCUUGGUGGACUCCCGCUUCCCGUUCCCCGCGCUCCCCUUUGCCACGCACCUCUUCCACCCCAAGCAAGGGGCCAUCGCCCACGUCCUGCCGGCCUUGCACAAGGACAGGCCCCGCUUUGACUUUGCCAAUCUGGCCGUGGCCGCCACGCAGGAGGACCCACCCAAGGUGGGGGAGCUGGCCAAGCUGAGCCCCGGACUGGCGUCUCCCCUGUCGGGGAUCAGCAAGCUGUCCCCAGACCGAAAGCCCUCCCGCGGCCGCCUGCCCUCCAAGACAAAAAAGGAGUUCAUCUGCAAGUUCUGCGGCAGGCACUUCACCAAGUCCUACAACCUCCUCAUCCACGAGCGUACCCACACGGACGAGCGGCCCUACACCUGCGACAUCUGCCACAAGGCCUUCCGGAGGCAGGACCACCUGCGGGACCACAGGUAUAUCCAUUCCAAAGAAAAACCCUUCAAGUGCCAGGAGUGCGGGAAGGGCUUCUGCCAGUCCAGGACCCUGGCGGUCCAUAAAACUUUACACAUGCAGGAAUCUCCACACAAAUGCCCCACAUGUGGAAGAACCUUUAAUCAAAGAAGUAAUCUGAAAACUCACCUUCUUACCCAUACAGACAUCAAGCCCUACAACUGUGAGCAGUGCGGCAAAGUGUUCAGGCGAAACUGUGAUCUACGGCGGCACAGUCUAACUCACACUCCGCGGCAGGACUUCUAGAGCAGCCAGGGACCUGCACCCGCUUCUGCAGCUCCAAGUUGCUAUUUUUGCUCAAGGACUCUAUUGUAGAAACUCACAGACAUGCACACACAUGCGCGCGCACACACACACACACACGGACGUACGUACACACACAGAGACUCACAUGCAGACUCAGGGGCCAAUCUUUCCUACCACGCGUCUGCAAAACUCCUUUAGAGAGUGUGGACUGCAGGAUCGGGCCCCUCUCCAACCCACACCGAGAGCGCAAAGCUAAUCUUGUAGAUACUCACAGCUCAUUUUAGAGCUCUGUACAGAAUGUGGUUUUCUUUGUUUGUUUGUUUCGUAUUGUCAUGUCAGAUGCACAUUGAUAACAAAUCUGGGAGUCAAAGUAUCUCUUAAAAGUGUAUUUCAAAAUAAAUCUUUUUUUUGUUUUCCAAAUA